GAUGCCGCUUACGGUCACUUACACAAAAACUUGCUCACAUGCUUGAAGACGUCUCCGUGAAAGCCGAUACUUGGAUACGUCGGUUCAAGUCAAGCUACUCAACCCCGGUCAAGUGAUCUCUUAAAAGUACGGUAAUUCAACCUGAGGCCGCAACUAAAUAAAAAGAGGCGGGAGUUUACUUCUUAAAGAAGCUUUGAAUAGGUCACGGCGUUCAGUUGCCAUAGAGACGCGCGGCAGAGAGAAACGCGGAUCUAGGAAGCAAUGUUGCACGUAACGUUUACUUACUGUUGAGGCAUUAUCGACAAAAGGUGCACGAUGUCACUCUCCGAAUCCGUAGCAAAAAGCAGGCUUGAAAUCCUGCAGAUCUACAGACUCCUUCAGUCCGUCCGAGAGGCUGAUAAACCGUACAUAGAGAAAUUAAUCUCUAUGGGUGUCGAUGGCCUCAUUAAUCUGACAGAACCACGCGAGGGUAACGGCGUCCUGCACCUGGCAUCGGUGGCCAACAACCAAGACCUGCUGGAGUUCCUCAUGGCGCAUGGUGCCAGUCCAAACGUGCAGGACAGGAGAGGCCGGACGCCGCUGAUGCUGGCUGCUGAGCUGGGGUACGACGGCAUUGUGUCUCUGUUGGCGAAGAAAAACGCAAACAUGACACUUGUGGACAACGAAGGAAAAGGCUUGCUUUUCUACUGCAUCCACCCUACCAAAAGACACAUGCGUUGCCUCCAGGUGGCCCUUAUGGGGAAUGCAGAUGCGAACAAUGUUUCAGAAACUGGGAUGCCAGUGUUCCUUCUCGCCUGUGAGCAAGCUCAGGACUGUGAGGAAAUGUGUCUCAGCAUCCUAGAGAGUGGAGCUGAUCCCAAUGCAUCAAAUCAGGUGACUGGUCGGACUGCACUGAUGGAGGCGACCAGAGGAGGAGCGGUAGAGCUAGUAAGAGCCAUUCUAAGAAAAGGAGGUAAUGUCAAUGCUGUGGAUAAGAAGCAAUUCCACGCAGCUCAUUUUGCAGCUGAACGAGGCUUAUUUGAGAUCAUUAAGGUGUUAUCUGCAUAUGCAGCUGAUUUUGGAAUGAUGACAUCUGAAGGAGAUACACCUCUGCACUAUGCUGCCGCUGGUGGCUACACAGAUUGUUGCAAGUUUUUAGUUCAAAGAGGAUGCAACCCCAAACUGAAAAAUCAAGAAGGUCUUCUUCCUCGUCAGAUUGCGAAGGAUUGCGGCCACAAGGCCACUGUGAAAGAGCUUAAAAAAGUCGAACGACUACACGGAAAGUUCUCGAAAGGAAUGGGCGGCACAAAUGAGCCAUGGGCUCUGACGCUCCACGACUGGUCUCACGAGUACGAGAUUGCACUGAGAAAUGCUUUCGAGACGGCAUCAGACAACUACGCAGGAAUAGAAGCAGUGUCCAGGGAAACGUUUGUGUCUGUUCUUCGUGACCUUCAUGCUCCUGUAGAUGAUGACCAAAUACGAGAUCUUCUGUAUGCUCUUGACAGGAGAAAAGAGGGGUUUGUAGAUGUUAAUGACUUCUUGAGAGGCCUCAAGUUCCUUCCCAAGACUUACAUUAUGGCUUCUUAUGGGUCUAAAAAGAAGAAAGUAAGCAAGGCAGGGAGAACCAAGAAAAGUAAGUUUAAUCUACCUGUGCCUAUCUGCACUGUUCCUCCAGACCUCAUCCAGCGCCGGGAUGAUGGCGGACCGCCACAUUUUAUGAUCGAAAGCUUCCAGCAUGCUACAGACAUACACCGGUAUGACCGGGAUCAUAGACCAGAACAUCCUAUUGAAGAUGACACGGCGUGGUACAUCGAUGAGCCUGAAAAGAUAUACAUAAAUAUGAACUACUGUGUUAAAAUGGGAGAUAUUGAGUCUCUGAAGCUGGCAGUCAGUCAAAAGGUUCCUGUUGACGUAAAAGAUAGAUUUUACAAAACCCCACUCAUGGCGGCGUGUGCAAGUGGGAACUACGAAAUGGCAAAGUUCCUGGUCGAUAACGGGGCUGACGUGAACGCGUGUGACCAGUUUAGCUGGACACCUCUGCAUCAUGCCAGCCAUGCAGGACAGCUUGACAUCAUACAGCUGCUGUUGGAGGCGGGAGCUGCUGUGGACCCGCCCACCCUAAAUGGGGCCACUCCCCUAAUGAGAGCCAUUGAGAGCUGUAGGCCAUCCUGUGUGGACUACCUCAUCAAAGCUGGGGCAAAGAUCAAUGCAGUAAAUAAAACAGAGCAAAACUGCUUGGAUGUUGCCCGUGCCUAUGCAGACUUCAGGGUGGUGGAUUUGAUCCAGGCUAAGAUUCAUGCCCUACCCAGACAUAGGGACAGGAAGGCACAACCUGCCAAAGUCAAACGCAAACCAACCCCGGCCUCCGCCUCUGGCUCUACGAAAGAAAAGCAGGGCUCUGUUCCCACUCUACCAACCUCCUCAAACUCAGCAGUCAAGAAGGCAAUGAAGAAAGACAGCGUUGUCGUGCACAGCACUCAGAUCAGCAGCGGCAAGCUCAACAAAUUGGACAUCAGUUUUGUGCCAAGAACGACGUGGCGAAAUCAGCUGACCACCGUUGAGAUGAUGGAGAAAAAAGCAGCAAGGAGAAAGCGCUUCACAUAUGAGGUGGACUUUGAUGACUUCAAGAUGCCAUUCAAUAAAAACAUUCAAAAGAAGUCUGUGGAUUUUGAGCUGACAGAUUAAAAAGUGAUCCUUCUCUGAUGACAUCAGCUUGACGCGGAGCAGCCGUUAACCCCACCCCGUCCAACUGUCAGUCAACUGCGAGUUCCAUUUCGAAAUGAAACGCGUACUCUUCUAUAUCCAAUCAAUUCACAAUGGAAAACACAAGCCAUGUCCCGCUGUUUUCCUUGUGUGAUAUUCCGUUUCUCUAAAGUCUACAACUUCUUGUUUACUGGGACUUACAGAGCUGUUCAAAGUAAUCAACAAACAAUUGUCAUCUGGCGGAUGAUAAAAUGGGAAUAAAGACCCUAAGAAAUGCCACUUCACAUUGAAGUGAGCCAUAUCUUGAGACCAAAAUUUAUAGAUAGGGUUGGGUUAUUUUGCAUUUAACCAGUAGUCAGCUUCCUAGCAACCACUCAGAACACCCUAGCAACCACAUAAAAUCAUGCUAACAACUUUGUAAGUACAUUAUACUAGCAUUAAAGUGAUGCCAUCUUUUCAAAAUGUAAGAAUCCUGUUUUAAUAACACUAUACAGUAUAGUGUUCAUACGAUGGUUACUCAGAGAUUCAGCGGCGUGUCUUACUGCUGUUUCUCUGUCGUCUCAUAGAGGAAAGUGCAUUAAGGAAGAUUGAUUAUGCGUUUAUGAGAGGCUGGAGAUGAGAGCUGCUGCCUGCGUGCUGGCAUGCAGUUUGUCUCCUCCUUGUCUCAGCGUCUGUCAGCCAUGCUGAGUACAGGCCUUUCACCACAGGCAACGGCGCGCAAAACCCCUCAUGUUGUUUAUCUCUGAAAACCGAUCGGUUUGAUCCGCAUGCAGGAAUCUUGAUACAUUAACUGCAGAUUAACCGUAGCUAAUAUAGUCAUACUGUAGCAGAAGUGUGAUUGUUGAUUGAAACUGUCUGUGACUAUACUUCCAAUGCAAAAAAGUUACAGAUUAAAGUGAUGUCUGACAGUUUUUGACACAUCGGUGGCCUUGAAAUAUUUGUUGAUCUUUUAUUUCUACUGUCUUACAGCAUCCCAUUGUUUUGUUUAAGCAUGCAGUUCAUCUGAUUGGCCAACAGGUGGCGCAUCUGUGUUUAAAUAUCAGUAGUGUCUGUACUAAAAUCCUGAGGGAGUUAGCACAGCUUAGCACAGAGUUCUGCAAAAUGACAAAACAAUUGUGAUUGUUGAGAUUUAAGAGACCAUUGCAAAUACGCAGAUCUGAUUUGUAUAUUUUAUGCAGAUGCAUAUAUAAUGUCUGUUUAUUUAACUUCUCUAAUGUAGAAAAGUAAGGAUAUUUUUAAUUGCUUUAAAAAUCAAUAGAAAUGUUCCAGUAAUGACUGAGCAGAAAUCUCACAGUGUUAAAGACAUAAAUAACCAUGCCAAAUCAAUGCACUGACACGUUUUACUGUAACCACAGAGUCAGUAAGCUCUGUUUAAAAUGUCAACAGUGGCGUCUGAGAAACAGCGAUAAGGUGUUUUUUAUUUGUACGGCAGGAAAUUGAUUAAAUGCGUCUGUGUCUGCUGUUACCAGUAUUUACUGCUGAAUUUCUCUGAUAUCCAAUAAGAUCACGGAGCAUUUAUGAGAAUGAUCAGAUACUGUACCAGCACAAAGAGAGAGUAAAUAUACUAUGUUUGA